AUGGUGCAAUCUCAUUUACUGAUUGAAUUUGAUUCAUGUUUGAUUUUGUUUUGUUUUGUUUUUUUUUUUGUUUUUUGUUUUGUUUUUUUGUUUUGUUUUUUGUUUUGUUUAUUUCAAUUUCUGAUUUACUUGUCUAACAGUUCCGAACUCAAUGAGCUCCUCUUAAAAGGAAGCACCGCCCUUUCCAAUGGUGAUCUUGCAACAGCUGAGAAUCACUAUUCAACAGCCCUGAAAUUGGUGUCACCAGAACGAAAAACGAAGGAAAUGAGAACGUGCUUCGAAGAACUUGGCAACAUCUACUUGGAAUAUGGUAAGAAAACUAAAUCCGGAGACGACUUCACAAAAGCAACAGCGUUAUAUAACGCAGCACUUGCAAGAUGUACAAGCACUGAAGAUGAGCUCAAAAAGCACCUAAUAAGACGCACUAAAGAAGCAGAGAGGCAGUUUUUAAGUUCCAUUCUCCCAGAGGACUCACCAAUAGACUUUCCCGACUAUGAAAACGACAUCAAACACAAAGAUGUGUUAGAGAAGAUUCGUGACAGCUGCAAAGAAAUCAUUCGUCAGGUUGACUUUGAGUGUGACCCAGGAGUAAUGCCUCUUGAUGAAGAACAACGAGUGGUGUUGGAAAAAAGGCGAACCAAUUUGAUAUCCACACUUUUCCGAAAGAUAUCCAAAGACAUGAUUGGCUUCAUUCAAAUGCUGAUCGAAGAAUGUACAUCAAUGCUAGGCAACGCACCUUGUCGAUUUGCAGUGAUUGGGCUUGGCUCAUUGGCCCGGAACGAAAUGACUCCUUAUUCUGAUAUGGAAUUCGCAAUUCUCCUUGAGGACGGUGCAGAAACGGAAUCCAACCUGGAAUAUUUCCGCAACAUCACACGCUAUUUGCACUUGAAAGUUCUCAACCUAGGCGAGACGAUUUUACCUUCAAUGGGUAUCACCUCGUUAAAUGAUUUCUACUCUGGCGAUCCUGCACGCAUGUGGUUCUUUGAUGAUGGUCCAAAAGGGUUUUCCUUCGAUGGAGCAAUGCCAUGGGCAAGCAAGUAUCCACUUGGUCGUAAGGAAACUCAAACUAAAGAAGCCAUUGAACUGAUUAAAACACCAGGCAACAUGGCCGCAUUGCAAAGCGAGCAACUUGCUAUCAAAGAAGGCUACCACUUGGCUGAUGUGUUGGCCACUUCGGUGUUUGUCACCGGCGAUGAAGAACUGGUUAAAUUGUACAACGUGAAAGUCAAAGAAAAGUUGCAAGAUCCAUCUGAUCAGGAUAUGUUGACUAAUGGAUCCAAGAGGGGGUUUGAGAGCUUGAACGAGAUAGUCAAAGAUUUUAGCCUCUAUUUCGACUUGGGUGAAGCUGGCAAAAUAUUUAAUGUCAAGAAGGAACUGUACAGAUUUCCUAGUUUGGUUCUGAAUAGUCUGACCUUCUAUUACAAUCUGGAUUCACGCAACACUUGGGAUGUUGUUGACGAAAUGCAAAAGAAGCAGCUGAUUACAGAAGACGAAGCCCACAAUCUGAAUUUUAUUUUAGCUACUGCAUCUGAACUUCGAAUUCGUUCUUACCUUGGGAAAGACGAACAAAGAGAAAAACUGGCUGUUUUACUGGCCGACGUGGGGGAAUUAGACUUGCCUGAAUCAGUUGCUGGAAAAGCUGGUGCCAGUGGGGUCGGCGUGGAGAAGGCUUUUCACAUUCCUAAUCCAGAUAUCUUCGUUCGAUUUUUCAUGACCUUUUUCCCUCUUCAAAAAGCCAUCGAUGAAUUCCUGUCUAAAGAAUCACCAAACAAAGUGAAUAUAUUUUCUGAUCACAAUCUAUAUGAUUGCAGGUAAAUGUUAUAAUUAUUAAUAUUAUACCUCAAAUUCAAAUUGUCGAAUGAGAAUUAGAAUUAUGAAUCUAAUGCGUUUCAUUACACCAUGUAGGCCGUUAACGAAGGCACUUAUCCAUAUUCGUCUGAUGGAGUUCAAGGAAGCCAAGUCUUGUCUUGAAAAUGUGGUUUCCCUGGUAGAAGAUGAGCUGGACCAGGGAGACCUAGGCGAAAAUCCGGAGCUGUUUGACACACUUUCAACACUUGGACAUCUCUGCUGGGAGUUAGGUGAAGUUGAACAAGCCGCUCAAUAUUCCGAGAAGGCAGCUCAAGUUUUAGAGAAGAAGUACAAUGGGGUCAAACCCAACAUGGAAUUCGCAAACUCUUACCGCGAUCGUGCCCAUAUUUACGCUUCACUUGGAGAAUACGAAAAAGCAUUGUCGUUCUACAAACAAGAUUUAAAUAUACAAAUGGCUGUGUACGGAGGGAAGCCUCGUGCAUUGUAUAUUGCCGCUUCCUAUGACGGCAUGGCUGGUGCUUAUCGGCAAAUGAAAAAUCUCGAGCAGGCUAUUUUUUAUUCCGAGAAAGCUGUCGAAAUCGUCAAAAAAGUCGGCAAAAAACGGGUUGGGUCACACUACUGCGUUUUCCUGCACAACCUGCUGUCCGCCUAUUCCGAAAAGGGCGAUAUUGAGAAGGCCUUGGGUGGAUAUAGGGACUUGUUUGAAACAAUAAAGACGGUGUUCGGGAACGGUGUCCUUCAUCCAUAUUUAGCGUCGUCACUUGCUAGUCUGGCGACUGCGUAUUUCAAUGCGAAGGAUUACGAGCAAGCGGUGGCGCUUUACAAGCAAGCGUUAUAUAUGGGAGAACAGCUGCGUGGUAGAAACGAAGUACAUCCCGAAAUUGCUGAUUUUCUUAGUAAAUUGGGACACUGUUAUUCAGCUCUAUUUGAUCAUGAACAAGCAAUCAAAUAUUUCACAAGAGCCCUGCAAAUCCAGAAAUUACUGUAUGGGAAACAAAUCUCGCAUCCAAGAGUAGCUAGCACGCUUUGUAAUCUUGGUGGGGCAUAUCUCGUGUUACGAAAUAUACCCGACGCAUUGGAAGCAUGGAACGAAGCUCUAAAACUAUUCCGCGUAAUCCACAAAGAUAACUUUGCGCACGAGGAUGUCUGCACUGUUCUUAGCAAUCUUGGCUUUCUUCACAUCGAGCUGAAUCAAUUUGAAAAGGCAGCGGGUUAUUUAGAAGAAGCCGAGAAACUUUGGCAAGACAUUCUUGUCGACGGCAAACCUCACCAGGGCUAUGCGACAACUUUAAACAGCUUGGGAAAGGUUUACCGCCAUCUAGGGAAGUAUAAAGAAGGGUAUGAAUGCUGCCGAAAAGGGCUGGAAAUGAGAAGGUGAUUAAUGUGUUAUUGAUAUCGUUGUUGGGGAUGGAUUUUCAUAGAUUUUGGCAUUCGCUUUUUCUAUCCCAACUUCCUGUUGGAUGUCAAGUUAUUUCCGGUGACCUGAUUUUAAUUAUUUUUUAAAAUAACUUUUCUCUCUGAUUUCAAUUUUUCUUAAAGGAACAAUUAAACAAACCAAAUUGUUAAUGAAUCGCGAGACAUGCUCCCGCUAUUGCUUGUUUGCAAUCACCUGACUUUUUUCCCAAAAGACGGGCAAUUGAACAACUUGUGCACGAUUUUUCCCAGUAUUUAAGUGCUUGUAGCAAGAUAAAAUGACGGUAACACAUCUAUCUAAGACUUAAAAUGUCUCCAACGGAUCGAUUUUCGUCCCACCUGCCCGUCAACUGAAAUUGCAAAUUUACGCCAUUUUUUUUUUUUUUUGCAAACAGCCAAUUGACUAACAAAGGCCUAAAUCGCAUCAUUGUCGCUUUGGUUAAAAUUAUGUAUUGUUUUCCACGUUCAUAUUGUAGAUCAUUAUACGAUAGCAAAGAUGGCCUGAAGAACGCGCAGUUGGUAUUGGCAGACUCCUUUCGCGAUACGGGAUACUGCUGCUUGAAUCUGGGUGAUUACGAAAACGCGCUGUUGUACUUCCAACGUGGUUUGGAGAAACGCAAAGAGAUGAACAUGGAUGUCGCUGAAGCAUACAGGGAUGUUUCCACUGCAUAUGCUCGCUUGGGUCGUUCACUGGAAGCGAUCAAGUUUUGCCAGGAAGCCAUUCGUCUGGACGAAGAGCACUAUGGGGCCGAGAAUGUCCCUGAUUCAACGAUCAGCACAAACCUGUGUAACUUGGGAGGUCAGUACAUUGCGAUCUCGGAAUUCGAGAAAGCAGCUGAGGUGCUGGAGAAAGCAUUGGCGGUUUUAGACGGAAGAGGUGUCUCCAUCCAGCUUGCCGCAGUACUCGAUACCUUAGGAACAGCGUAUCGAAGUUUGGAAAACUCGGAGAAAGCGUUGUCGUGUUUGGAAAAAUCUCUGUCUUUGAAACAUCAGCUGUACGGUAUUGACAGAGCGCAUUUGCAGACUGCCAAAACUUUAACAAAUCUUGGAAAUGUCUACCAUCAACUUGGAAGAUUCGAGGAAGCGAUCGACUACUACACGGAAUCGUUGAACAUGAAAUACGCAUUGUACGGACCCAAUGCGACUCAUCAAAGCAUCGCCAUCACACUUGGUAACAUAGGCAAUGUUUACUAUGAGUUGGGUCAGUACGAGAAAGCCAUUAAGUACAUCAAGGAUUCUCUGCAAAGGUACGGCGACGCGGGAUCGUGCAGUCGUGAGGUCGCUUUCGGUCUGUACAGUCUUGGUCAAUCGUACGAGGGUUUGGCUGACUUUCCUGCCGCGUGCCAAUGUUAUGAAAAAUCCCUCCCAAUUAUGGUGCAGGUCUUGGGCGAGACGCAUAAUUUAGUGAAACUGGUUCAGGCGAGACUGUUAGGCAUUCGACUCGUAUUUUGGUACAGCCAACUCCAAGCUUCACAAGGAAACAGUUCUGGAUAG